AAACAAAAAUCAAACAAUGCCCGAUGAAGUGCCCGGCCAUCGCCUGCCUAUGGCCCCCUUCGGCGCCCUCUCAUCGUAUCAGUGCCGUCACUGUCCUCCUCCACAACCCUCCAUCACUCUUCACUGGUGGUUCCGACGGCGCUGUCGUCCGCUGGGCCCUUUCAGGCCACGAUGUCCGCCCCCUCGCCCUCCUCUGUGGUCACGCCGCUGAGAUUGCUGUUCUUGCUCCCUGCUUCCCAGACUCAUCAAACCCUAUGUCUUCGACCCUCUACCCGUCCGCGCUGCUUAGCGCGUGCGCGGAUGGCGUGCUCUGCGUCUGGAGCGCUGGCAGCUUCCGCUGCCGUCGGCGACGGAAGCUCCCCCAAUGGGCGGGGAGUCCUUCCCAUUUGGCCGCUCUUCCAUCUUCACCGCGCCACGUUUGCAUCGCGUGCAGCUCAGGUGAGUCUUCGAAGAGUUCCGUGCUGAUCGUGGACUCCAGCACACUGCUUAUGGUGCAGACUGUCUUCCAUGGUAGUUUGGGCAUUGGGUAUGUGAAGUCCAUGGCUUUCGUUCCUUUGUUGGAUGAAGUAGAGAAGGGGAAGCAAGCUGUUUUCCUGGUUGAUGGGUACGGGAAAGCUCAGUUCUUGGCGCUGCCGAAAGAGUCUGGUCACGACGGUGAAGGCUCAACAAGUUCUAUGAAUCGAGGCUCUUCGUCGGAGUCGCUCACAUCCGUAUGGGGGGAGAGUAACUCUAACGAUGCUGAGCAGGCUGUGGCGGUAGCUCAAGAUGGUAGUCUCUUGGUUCUAAUAUACAAAUUUCACUGCGAAUUUAGAUCUGUAUUAAAUGGCAAGGUCAUGGGCGAGAUUUCUUUACUGGAUUCUAACCUUGUCGAUGAAGAAUCUUCCGCGAGGCUGAAUCUUACCGGGGGACUGUUCCUUCAUCGUGAUGUCAAUUGCAGUGUAUCAGAAACCCAUGUCUCUGAGGAGGAUUCUCCAAGGAGUUUUUGUUUUGCCUUUUGUUGCAGUAAUGGGUCUGCCAUGGUGUUUUUAAUUUUUAUAUCAUCUACUGUAUUCAACUUUCAGCCUCUUUGUGAAGUUCCUGCUGGCCCUCCGAAUAGCAUAGGGGAGUCAUUGUUUCACUUCUGCCAGUUGAAUGACUCUGUUGUUCGUCUAGAAUCGCUCUCUUUUUCACAAGGAGAUUUACUGGCAUGGAAACCUUCAAUCACUAUUUGGUCAAUAGUUGAAUUUGAAUCAACCAAGGAGAGAAAGCAUGGCAGCUGUUCUCUCAGUAUGCUCUUAGGAAAAGGGGGCUUUUCUGAUAUUAAGUCAUUCUGCCACACAAAAAAGUUAGAUGAGAAGUUGAGUAUUCUAGGUAGCAAAAGGGCAGAUAAUGGCCAUUGUUUAGCAGAUCGUAUCAUUUCAUCUUCAAUGGUGCUUUCACAUGAUUUUUACACUCAAUACGCCAUUGUUUAUGGCUUCUAUAGCGGUGAAAUUCAAGUGGCUUGGCUUCUGAGUCCAUCUCUAAAUGAAAAUUCUGCAGAAGAAGAUUCACUGGACUCCUCUAAUAUGCAUGUAACUGAAUGUUUCUUUUCAGGACACACUGGUGCUGUGCUUUGCUUGGCAGCGCAUCUUAUGGUUGAGAGCUCAAGCAACCCUACUCUUCGCAGGAUACUAGUGUCGGGAAGCAUGGACUGCACAGUCCGGAUAUGGAAUCUAGAUUCUGCAACUCUUCUUCUUGUAAUGCAUCAUCAUAUAGCUCCUAUCAAGCAAAUCAUAUUACCACCAGCCUGGACUGACAAACCAUGGAAGGACUGUUUCCUUUCUGUUGGUGAAGAUUGUUGUGUGGCUCUUGUUUCCCUUGCGACAUUACGUGUUGAGAGGAUGUUCCCUGGACAUCCUAGUUAUCCAUCACUGGUUGCCUGGGACAGCAGAAGAGGUUACUUGGCAUGUCUUUGUAGAAGUUUGCCAGCACCAUCUGAUUCUGUUGACAUUUUAUACCUGUGGGAUGUUAAAACAGGUGCUCGUGAAAGGAUUAUCCGUGGAUCGGCUUCUCAUUCGAUGUUAGAUCAUUUUUGUAAGGGUAUCAACUUAAACUUCAUCAAUGGAAGUAUAAUGGGAGGCAGUACUUCAGCAUCACCAUUGCUUCUUCCUGUUAGUGAUGAUUCUGGUUCCUCUCAAUCCAGAUCAACAAGAACUGAUUUAGGCACAGUUGCAGUAUCUGAAGUUCAAAAGCUGCAAUCUGAUAGGAAAAGUACAGAUUUUCCAGAAUCAUAUAGUUACCUAACAAAUAGCAAUAAAGGAAAGUUACCUUCCAUAAGCAUGAUUCAUGAUGCCAAUUCUGAUUCUGCUGUAAACAGCUUAGCAAAGCAGCUUGCUUUCCAGCAUGUUCGUGAAAACAAUAAACAUCCUAUUAUAUGUUUUUGCCCUUUUCCUGGAAUUGCUAUCCUGGAAUUUGACCUUUCCUCUUUGGUUUCCUUGAACUAUCUUCAAAAUCAUGAUGAGCAAACAGUUUCUCAAUCUUCUAAUAAGGCAAAGGAGCAAUCUGUGAAAGAUGAACCUUCAGAUGAUAGUGCUGUUGCUCAAGGGGAUAGAAGUAAUAUUAUGAAACAAACGUUGGAAGGAUAUUUGCUUCGGUUCAGCUUAUGCUUUCUUCACCUGUGGGAUAUUGAUCUAGAAUUAGACAAGCUUUUGAAGGAGGAAAUGGAUGUAUGCAAACCAGAUGGAUUUGAAAUAGCUGCUGGAAUACUGGGGGAUAGAUGUUCAAUGACCUUGAUGUUCCCUGGUCAAUGUGCUAGCUUAGAGCUUUGGAAGUCCUCAUCAGAAUAUUGUGCUAUGAGGUCUCUUAUAAUUGUUUCACUUGCGGAAUGCAUGAUUGGCUUAUAUCAUUCCACUACAGUUGCAUGCAGUGCCCUGGCGGCGUUCUAUACUCGAAAUUUUGCAGAGAGAGUUCAAGACAUAAAGCCUCCUUUACUCCAGCUAUUGGUGAGUUUUUGGCAAGACCCUAGCGAACAUGUGCGCAUGGCUGCACGCUCUUUGUUUCAUUGUGCAGCUCCGCGUGCUAUUCCGCAUUCUCUUUAUGGUCAGAAGACACUCCAUCCUGGAGUUAAUACAAGUUCUGUGAAUGUUGAGGAACAUACUCAUUCUGAAAGUGAUCAAACAUCCGCAAGUCGUCACACAGUUUUCGAAAACUCUAUACAGAACAAAAAUGGUGAUCAUGAAAUUGUUUCAUGGCUGGAUUCUUUUGAAAUUCACGAGUGGGUCUCUUGCAUUGGUGGAACAAGCCAGGAUGCUAUGGCUUCCCACAUUAUUGUUGCAGCUGCAUUGGUGGUUUGGUACCCAAGCAAAGUGAAAGAAAAUCUUGCCAAGCUUGUUUCUGACAGGUUGGUUAAGUUAGUAAUGUCUAUGAAUGACCGAUUCUGUUCAACUGCAGCUGAGCUUCUGGCUGAAGGCAUGGAAAGCUCCUGGAAAUCAUGUUUGGGACCUGAAAUACCACGCCUUGUUGGUGAUAUAUUUUUCCAGAUAGAGUGUCUUUCUGGUGCGCCAGCUAAUACUGGGAAACAUAAUCAAUCCAUGACUGCUAAUAUUCGGGAGUCUUUGGUAGGGAUUCUCUUACCAAGUUUAGCGAUGGCUGAUAUAGCUGGUUUUCUGAAUGUAAUAGAAGACCAAAUCUGGUCUACUUCAUCAGAUUCACCCGUCCAUCUUGUAUCACUGAAAACUCUCAUCAGGAUAGUACGUGGAUCUCCAAAACCCUCAGCUUUAUAUCUUGACAAGAUUCUGAACUAUGUGCUACAAACUAUGGAUCCCAGCAACUUGGUUAUGCGUAAAGCUUGCCUUAAAAGCUCCAUGCUUGCACUAAAGGAAAUUGCACGGGUACUUCCAAUGGUUGCUCUUAAUGAGUCAUCAACUCGAUUAGCCAUUGGGAGUGCUAUUGGGGACGUUCGCAGUGUAACCAUUCUUGUUUAUGAUUUGGAGAGUGUAACAAAAAUAAAGAUUUUGGAUGCAAGUGCCCCUCUUGGUCUUCCAAGUUUACUUGAAGGAGCAUCCAACGCAGGGAUGGCUACAGCCAUAUCAGCAUUAAGCUUUUCACCAGAUGGAGAGGGUCUAGUUGCGUUCUCCGAGAAUGGCUUAUUGCUAAGGUGGUGGUCACUGGGAACUCCCUGGUGGGAGAAGCUAAGCAGAAACUUGGUUCCCGUUCAAUGUACCAAACUAAUCUUUGUUCCCCCAUGGGAAGGAUUUUCUCCAAAUUCUUCUAGAUCAAGUAUAAUGGCAAACAUAGUCAGGAUUGAUAAACGGGCUGAUUCUGAGGAAAAAUCCAGGGAAUUGGAUGAAGCAGACAGAAUAAGACUUCUUCUUCAUAAUCUUGACCUUUCUUAUCGGCUUCAAUGGGUUGGUGUUAGAAAUGUCUUACUUACUCGACACAAUCAGGAGUUGGGCACCUUCCUAUUGUGAUCUGAAGUCUUAACUCAAUCUCUGCUGGCUGAAAAACCUGUUGGCUUCCUGUUGAAGUCAUUUUCUUGCAGAGAAAUUCUCUAUAAAAUUUGGAAGACAGCAAUAAUAACAAAAUAUCGAAGCUGGAGGUAUUGGCUUUACUUUUCUGUACAUGAGUUGGGUUAUAAACAACCUUCACACCUUAUAUAUGAAAUUCUGUUAUCAAUCUUUUGAUUUUUGUUA